GGGUGUGUGUGUCGACCUGAUGUAUUUAGGAGGAAGAUAAUCUGCAGAUCACGCAUUGACGUACAGAUCUCGAUCAUUAUCUGUACCGCAGUUUGCACAACCAAUCGUGUGGCAGACGCGUGUGCCUUGUUACUCCGCUAAAAUCUACUCAACCGUGAAAUUUUAACGGGAAUUCCGCUUUUGCAAAAACAUUUUAUUGAUAAAACACGCACAAUGUCGACUUUUGAACAAGCCGCCGAAAAUGCGAAGAACCUUAAGGUGACCCCUCCGGAUGCGGACCUGCUGGAGAUUUACGGUCUGUACAAACAGGCGACGGUAGGCGAUUGCAACACAGACAAGCCGGGCAUGUUGGAUUUCAAGGGCAAAUCAAAAUGGGAAGCCUGGAACGGACGCAAAGGUCUAUCCCAGGCCGACGCCCAGCAGGCCUACAUUGACAAGGUGGCCCAGCUGGUGGAAAAGUAUGGCCUCAAGUAGAGGCCUGUUUUGAGGUUGUAGGCCGUUUCUGAAUUUAUCACAUUUUCCAAAGCAGUGGAAAACGGAACUCUUCCAGACUCUUUUAAUGUUAAGUUUUGUAUAUUUUAUUUUCGAUAUUAAAAACCAACGAAAUCUCACUUGAA